UCUCCGCCGCUUUCCCACGGCCACCGCCGACCACCACCGCUCAAACCCCGCGAAAUUGCAGCUCAGCCCGCCUCUCAAGUCUCCAGCCUCGCUUCCCACUGCGGUCGCUCGUCGCUCGUCAGAGACGCGAGGCUCCAGGGGGCCUCCGAGGACAUGAACGCCGACGAAAUGAAGGUCCAAGCCGGCGGCCGCACCGUGAAUGACGCCAUCACCAAGCACCUUGGGUGGGUCUGGGAAAAUUACUUCACCGACGAGACCAGCCGCUCCGUGUCCGACCACAGGACCCAGCUCGCCGCCGACCUGGUUGAAUGCUUCUCCAAGGAGGCGAAAAGCCUCCUCUCACCUGUUCAAGAUUUUAGCAGUGACAUCAUACCCCUUCCGGUUGACUUCCUGGAGUUGCAGGAAAUAUGCAAGUUUAUUAAAGCUGAACUUGAGGAAUCUCCAAAAGAUGCCUUGCUUUGCAUGGGAGCUGCAGCACAUCUGGUUUUGUGCUCGGACAACAACCUCAAGUUGAGCCACAUCAACAAGAUCAAUGUCAGGCUUUACAAUAUAGGGGCGGCAAUUGCUUUAAAGAAACUAAAAGCGGCCUUUAUUAAGAAACUUGUCACAGUGCACGGUACAGUUGUAAAAGUCAGCACUGUGAAGCCUCUUGUUCUGCAACUGAAGUUCCAAUGCAUGAAAUGUACUGAAAAAAUCAAACGUGCGUUCUGUGAUGGGAAAUUUUCACCUCCAAUGUCCUGUGAUACCCCAGGAUGCAAAAGCAGAACUUUCACCCCAGAUAGAUCUAGUGCAGAAUUGAUAGAUGUCCAGAAAAUAAGGAUUCAGGAGCUUGCUAGUGCUGAUGGCCACAGAGAAGGCCGAGUGCCACGAACUGUAGAGUGUGAGCUUACAGAAGAUCUCGUUGAUUGUUGCAUACCGGGAGAGAUUGUAACAGUAACUGGAAUUGUGAAAGUACAGAACAACUAUAUGGAUGUUGGAGGAGGGAAGUCCAAAGGCAGGAAUCAGGGUUUGUACUACCUGUACCUGGAAGCAAUUUCAGUGAGAAACUUGAAGUCCCAUGCUGUUUCAGAUGAAGAAAUUCGGGCCAGUGGAAUACCCAAUUUUCAGACUUGUAGUGAUAGGGAUCUUGAAUUUGUUGUCAAAUACAAAGAACGACAUGGCCCUGAUGUAUUUCGGCAGAUGCUUCAGUCCUUUUGUCCCUCCAUCUAUGGGCAUGAACUUGUAAAAGCUGGUAUCACACUUGCACUUUUCGGUGGUGUGCAAAAGAACUCAGCAGAUCAAAACAAGGUCCCUGUUCGAGGAGACAUUCAUGUUGUUGUCGUUGGUGAUCCGGGACUAGGCAAGAGCCAACUCCUCCAAGCUGCAGCAGCUAUUUCCCCACGAGGAAUAUAUGUAUGUGGGAAUACAACAACAAAGGCCGGUCUAACUGUUGCUGUGGUUAAAGAUUCUUUGACAAAUGAUUAUGCGUUUGAGGCUGGCGCCAUAGUCCUUGCUGACCGUGGAGUUUGCUGCAUAGAUGAGUUCGAUAAAAUGUCGGCAGAACAUCAGGCUUUACUGGAAGCCAUGGAGCAGCAAUGUGUGUCUGUUGCAAAGGCUGGUCUUGUAGCAAGUUUAUCAGCUCGUACCUCUGUGUUGGCAGCUGCAAAUCCUGUUGGUGGUCAUUAUGACCGAGCAAAGACAGUGAACGAGAAUCUAAAGAUGAGUGCUGCGCUCCUCUCUCGUUUUGACUUGGUUUUCAUUCUACUUGACAAGCCAGAUGAGAUGCUAGAUAAAAGAGUGUCAGACCAUAUAAUUGCUCUCCAUAGUAAUGACAGAGAUCACAGCGCAUCCAACAAGAGGAUUAAAACAGUGUCACCAUGUAAUAUUGAUCUGGGAUUUGGAGUUGGUGGAAAUUCAUUUGCUUCAAGGCUGAGGUUGCACCCAGAGAAAGACAAAAAUUUCGCUCCAUUGGCUGGACAACUUCUCCGCAAGUAUAUAUCUUUUGCAAGAGAACAUGUUCACCCAAGAAUGUCAAAAGCAGCAGGUGAUAUUUUGCAAGAAUUCUAUUUGACGUUGAGAAAGGGGAGCACUUCUGCUGAUGGUACACCCAUCACAGCCAGGCAGUUAGAAAGCCUUGUCAGAUUAGCUGAAGCUCGUGCUCGUGUGGAUCUAAGAGAUGAAGUGACCGCAGAAGAUGCUAAGGAUGCUGUAGAGAUCAUGAGAGAAUCCUUGUAUGACAAAUAUGUUGAUGAAAGCGGUUGUGUGGACUUUACUCGGAGCGGUGGGAUGAGCCAGCCCAAGGAGGCAAAGCGAUUUCUGAAUGAGUUAAACAAGCAAUCUGAGUUGCAGCAAAAAAGUUACUUUUCGAGAACUGAGAUUUACAGCUUAGCUGAUAAGAUCAGCUUGCGAGUUCCAGACUUAGAUGCCCUCGUGGAAAAUCUGAAUAGUGCCGGUUUUCUUCUGCAAAAAGGAUCAGGAAUGUAUCAGCUGGCAGCGGCGUCAUAUUCACAGAGCCAGCCAACAAGAUCAAGAUGAUUUGAUACAAGGCUGCACUGCUUACAUGACAUGACGUACAGGCGAUUGAAGUGCAUGAUCCGUUGGAUGAAAGCUAAUUUUGGUAACUCGAUGUAGCAAGGUUUAGCUACAAUAUUUAGCCUACAACAGUUGCUACUAUGACCAAUGCAGUCCUGUAUAGGUUUUCCAGUUUGCCAAUGGAACAUCCAAAAUUACAGAUGAUAUAUUUUGUGCCUUUACACUACCCAAUCACUAGUAAAACAUGCAGCAAACUUGUAAAUUGCCCCAUAUGCCCCGUACCAUCGUAUUGUUGCUGAUAUUGUGCUCCAGUGCUUGAGCAGGCUAGUUCUUGCACACAAUGGACUUUUCAGAUUAGAUGAAGAAUAAUUUCGACAUA